AUGGUUUAUGAUGAUAGAUUGCUAAUUGUUUAUCUUUCACAGGUUUACAAAGAAACCCAGGAAGAGAUUUGGUUAGAAUAUGCUGUUAGUUGCUUUCUUCAGGGAAUCAAAUAUGGUGUUUCUAACUCCAGAAGCCAUUUAGCUCAUGUCCUAUACCUUCUCAGCUUUGAUACUUCCAAUGAACCUGUGGGAAGAGCAUUUGAUAAGUACUUGGACCAGAUCCCACAUUGGGUUUGGCUUUCUUGGGUCCCACAGCUAUUACUUUCCUUGCAGAGGACAGAAGCGCCUCAUUGCAAACUUGUGCUAUUAAAAAUUGCAACUGUGUAUCCACAGGCACUUUAUUACUGGUUGCGCACAUAUUUGCUUGAGCGCCGUGAUAUUGCCAAUAAAUCUGAACUAGGAAGAUUGCGAAUGCAGCAAAGCAUCUCUGGGGCUGGUACAACUUCUUUAGGCUUGUCUGAUGGAUCUGCAAGAGUACAGACUCAUGCUGGUGUUUCUCUGACAACAGACAAUCAGGUUCAUCAAGGCCCUCAGUCUGCAACUGUUGGCGGGUCACAUGACGGUGGGAACUCUCAUGGACAAGAACAUGAAAGGAGCACAGGUGUAGAGGGAAAUGCGCAUGGUGGGCAUGACCAACCUUCACAGCAAAGUUCUUCAACCAUUACUGAAGGUCAAGGCACAUUAAGGCGUAACGGUAUGCUUGGAUUAGUAGCUUCUGCUGCUAGUGCAUUUGAUGCUGCAAAAGAUAUAAUGGAGGCUCUUAGAAGCAAGCAUACUAAUUUGGCUAGUGAACUUGAGACUCUGCUUACAGAAAUUGGUUCAAGGUUUGUUACCCUUCCUGAGGAGAGACUUCUGGCUGUAGUAAAUGCGCUACUUCAUCGCUGUUACAAGUACCCAACUGCCACUACAGCAGAGGUUCCACAAUCCCUGAAAAAGGAGCUGUCCGGUGUUUGCAAGGCUUGCUUUUCGGCCGAUGCUGUGAACAAACAUGUUGAAUUUGUGAGAGAAUAUAAGCAAGACUUCGAACGUGAUCUUGAUCCAGAAAGCACGGCUACUUUUCCGGCCACCCUUUCUGAACUGACUGAGCGAUUGAAGCACUGGAAAAAUGUUCUUCAAAGCAAUGUUGAGGACAGAUUUCCAGCUGUCUUGAAGCUGGAAGAGGAAAGCAGGGUGUUGCGUGAUUUUCAUGUUGUUGAUGUUGAAGUUCCGGGGCAGUAUUUUACUGAUCAGGAAGUUGCACCUGAUCAUACGGUGAAGUUAGACAGAGUUGGAGCCGACAUUCCAAUCGUGAGACGGCAUGGAAGCAGUUUCCGCCGACUGACACUCAUUGGAUCUGAUGGUUCUGAACGCCAUUUUAUUGUUCAGACAUCUUUGACCCCUAAUGCUAGAAGUGAUGAACGCAUAUUGCAGCUGUUCCGUGUGAUGAACCGGAUGUUUGACAAGCACAAGGAAUCAAGGCGCCGCCACAUAUGCAUCCACACCCCAACAAUAAUCCCUGUUUGGUCCCAGGUUCGGAUGGUAGAAGAUGACUUGAUGUAUAGUACAUUUCUUGAGGUCUAUGAGAACAAUUGUGCACGUAACAAUCGAGAAGCAGAUCUCCCAAUUACCCAUUUCAAAGAGCAAUUAAACCAAGCUAUCUCCGGCCAGAUUUCCCCCGAAGCUGUUGUGGAUCUCCGCCUCCAAGCAUAUAAUGAGAUAACAAAGACUCUCGUUACAGAUGGCAUAUUCUCUCAGUACAUGUACAAGACUCUUCCUAGUGGUAACCAUCUGUGGGCUUUCAAAAAGCAGUUUGCCAUCCAGCUGGCACUUUCUAGUUUCAUGUCAUUCAUGCUACAAAUUGGGGGAAGGACCCCCAACAAGAUUCUAUUCGCAAAAAACACUGGCAAAAUAUUUCAGACUGACUUCCACCCAGCUUAUGAUGCAAAUGGGAUGAUCGAGUUUAAUGAAGCAGUUCCUUUCCGACUGACAAGGAACAUGCAGGCGUUCUUCUCCCAUUUCGGAGUGGAGGGGCUGAUUGUUUCUGCCAUGUGUGCUGCCUCACAAGCUGUGGUUUCACCUAAACAAAUUCAGCAUAUAUGGCAUCAUUUAGCCAUGUUUUUCCGUGAUGAGCUGCUGUCUUGGUCAUGGAGAAGGCCAAUGCAUAUGCCUUCAGCUCCUGCUCCUGCAGGAGGCUGCUUAAGCCCCAUGGACUUAAAGCUCAAGGUCACUACAAAUGUGGACAACGUCAUUGGACGGAUCAAAGGUGUAGCCCCACAGAACUACUCUGAGGAGGAGGAUAAUGCUAUGGACCCUCCGCAGUCGGUGCAGAGGGGUGUAACUGAGCUGGUUGAAGCUGCCCUGAUGCCCAGGAAUUUGUGCAUGAUGGAUCCAACAUGGCACCCUUGGUUCUAGUUGUGGUUGAUUUCUCUCUCUCUCUCUCUCUCUCUCUCUCUCUCUCUCGUAGAAUAUUUUCAUUUCCCUUGUAUAUCCCCUCCCCUCUCAAAAGAAAAAAACCAGUACAACGUAGUCUCCUUUGUAGUUAUGUAUAUAUUGGUACUGGUCCAUUAGGUUAAUCUAGUGCUGGGGAUUGUACAAUCUGUCCAUGUGUUUCUAAUGCUGUGAAUGGUACAAUAUGUCCUAGCCCUUUUGGGAAUUGGUUGACCUUGUAAUUAUCCACCCAUUAAAUGUGCAGGAAAAGCAUUUCCAAAA